AUGGGUAAUCAAGGAUCGUCCCCGCACGAGCCUCUGGACCGUGCUCAGGUGCAGAAUGCAGAUCUGAAAAUGAAGUCUUCCGUACGCAGUUCGCUAAGGCGGGCGCGCGCCGGUGCCGCGCUGUCGCCGCCGCGCGCCGGCAUGGAGCGGUUGAGGCGCUCCUUCCGCGAGUCCUUCCGGCGCCGCAAGGGCUCGCCGCCCGAGUCCGCCCGCCCGCACCAAUGGCACGCGGACGAGGCGGCCGUGCGCGCCGGCACGUGCACCUUCCCAGUCAAAUACAUGGGCUGUGUCGAAGUGUUCGAGUCCCGGGGCAUGCAAGUGUGUGAAGAAGCUUUGAAAGUGCUUCGGAACUCGAGAAGGCGUCCCGUUCGUGCAGUUUUGCACGUUAGUGGUGACGGUCUUCGCGUUGUGGAGGAAGAAACCAAAGGGCUGAUAGUAGAUCAGACUAUUGAGAAAGUAUCUUUUUGUGCGCCCGAUAGAAAUCACGAACGAGGCUUUAGCUACAUCUGUCGCGAUGGUACCACCCGUCGGUGGAUGUGCCACGGGUUCCUUGCGUCGCGGGACAGCGGCGAGCGGCUCUCCCACGCCGUGGGCUGCGCCUUCGCCGCCUGCCUCGAGCGCAAGCAGCGGCGCGACAAGGAGUGCGCGGUCUCCAUGAGCAUAGACGCCGCCAGCCACGCCUUUACACGACAGGGAUCGUUUAGGAAGUCGGGUAUAACGAGCCGGCGCACGUCGGAGGCGGAGGCGCCGCCGCCGGCCGCGCCCGCGCCGGCGCCGCGCGCCGCGCACAACCCCUUCGCGGUGGAGCGCCCGCACGCCGCGCCGCACCUGCUCGAGCGACAGGGCUCCUUCAGGGGAUUCGCACAUCUUAAUAACAACUCUCCGUUCAAACGACAAAUGUCGCUCCGUAUCAGUGAGUUGCCCUCCAACCUGGAGCGGCAGCGCCUGGGCCUGGGCUCGCCCACCAACAACAUGCCCGCGCUCCCCGCGCUCCCCGCGCCCCCCGCGCCGCCCGCGGUGCCCGCCCUGCCCGCGUCCAACCCGUUACCAGAUGUUGCGCCUUUAGAGGAUACGCCCGAGCCGGACCCCGUAGCGGAGAUGUGCCAGCAGCUGUCGUUGGGGCUGCGCGCGCUGGCGGAGGAGCCGGUGCCGGCGGCCGGCGGCCUGCCGCACCCCGACGCGUGGCUGGGCCGCGUGGCGCGCGCGCCGCCGCUGGCCGCCGCCGGCCGCGCCGCCUCCUUCGCGGGGCAUUCCGUCGCCGCGCACGCGAGGACCACCAACCCGUUCCUGGCGUCCGUGCCCGCGCCCGCGCCCAUG